AUGCCCGCGACGCCCGCUCAGCGCCUCGAGGCGCUGCUCGCGGGCGUGGACCACUGCGCCCACGAGGCGGAGGUGACGCGGAACCCCUUCAGCGUCAAGGCCUGGCUCGCGUACCUCGAGGCGAAGAACGACAGCGCGCACGGCGAGCGGCGGCUCAUCUUCGAGCGCGCGCUCCGGCUCGUGCCGCGGAGCUACAAGCUCUGGUACGCGUACCUCGGCGAGCUCGAGGUCGCCGUGCGCGACCGCUGGACGACGAGCGGCCGCGCGAAGACGCUCGUCGGCGCCUACGAGCGCGCGCUCCUGUCGUGCAACAAGUUCCCGCGGAUCUGGCUCGACUACCUCGCGUGUCUACGGAAGAUGGGCCUCGGGAGCGAGGUGCGGCGCGCCUUCGACCGCUGCCUCAUGGCGCUGCCGAUCACGCAGCACCACCACGUCUGGCCCGAGUUUGUGGAAUGGGCGUCGGAGUUCGGCGUCGUCGAGGCCGCGGUCAUCGCGCACCGGCGCUGGGUCAUGUACGAGCCCAACGGCCGCGAGGCCUUCGUGGACUACCUCGCGGCCCAGGGCCGCCACGGCGACGCCAUCGUCGAGCUCGUCAAGAUCUGCGAGGACGACGACUUCGCCUCCCCGUCGGGCAAGAGCCGGCACCAGUUGUGGAUGCGGCUCUGCGACCUCUGCGCGGCGCACCCCGAGGCCGCGCCGCGGUCCCUGGACGUGGACGCGUUGAUUCGCAGCGGCCUCGCGCGCUUCACGGACGAGGUGGGCAAGCUCUGGUGCAAGCUCGCGGACUACUACAUCCGUUUGGGCGACUUCGAGGACGCGCGCGACGUCUACGAGGAGGCCGUGACGACGGUCGUCACGGUGCGCGACUUCUCCCUGGCGUUCGACGCCUACGCCCAGUUCGAGGAGAGCGUCAUCGCGGCGAAGAUGAAAUUGCUGGAGGACGGCGGCGGCGACUCCGAGGAGGAGGAGGCGCCGCCCGACAUCGGCACGUUCCGCGUCACGGACGAGCUCGACCUCGAGCUGCGCCUCGCGCGCCUCGAGCGCCUCAUGACGCGGCGGCCGCUGCUCUUGAGCUCCGUCGUGCUGCGCCAGAACCCGCACAACGUCAAGGAGUGGCACGCGCGCGCCGCGCUCGUCGCCGACGACCCCGCGGAGGCCGUCGCGUGCUACGGCGACGCGGUCAAGACCGUGGACCCGGCGCGGGCCACGGGCAAGGUCGAAUCGCUGUGGAUCGCCUUCGCGCGCUACUACGAGGACCGCGGCGACCUGGCGAACGCGCGCGUCGUCUUCGACAAGGCGUGCGCGGCGGACUUUCGCGGCGCGGACGACCUCGCGGCCGUCUACUGCGCGUGGGCGGAGAUGGAGCUGCGGGGCGGCCACCACGACGCGGCGCUCGACGUCGCGCGGCGCGCCUGCGUCGAGCCGCCGGCGCUCGCGCGGCGGCGCCGCGGCGGCGGCGGCGCCGCCGCGGCGGCGGCCGACCGCGUGCACCGCAACCCCAAGGUCUGGGCGCUCUACCUCGACCUCGAGGAGUCCCUGGGCACGCUCGAGGAGGCGCGCGCGGCCUACGACCGCUGCCUCGAAUUGAAGGUCGCGACGCCGGCCAUCGUCCUCAACUACGCGCGCAUGCUCGACGACGCCGGUUACCACGAGGCGUCCUUCGGCGCCUACGAGAGAGGCGUCGCGCUCUUCCGCUGGCCCCACGUGCGCGAGCUCUGGUCCGCCUACCUCGGCGCCUUCGUGGCGCGCUUCGGCGGCUCGAAAUUGGAGCGCGCGCGCGACCUCUACGAGCAGGCGCUCCGGAAGGCGCCGCCCGCGGACGCGGCGAAGCUCUACGUCGACUACGCGAAGCUCGAGGAGACGCACGGCCUCGCGCGGCGCGCCGCCGCCGUCUACGAGCGCGCGGCCCAGGCCGCGCCGGACGAGGCCCAGUUCGACGCCUACGCGCUCUACGCGGCGAAAGUGGAACGCGCGUUCGGCGCCGCCAAGGCGCGGCCCGUCUACGAGGCCGCCGUCGCCGCGCUCCGCCGCGACGGCGACGUCACGCGCAUGUGCCUCAAGUUCGCGGCGUUGGAGCGGGCGCUCGGCGAGGUCGACCGCGCGCGCGGCGUGCUCGCGCACGGCGCGCAGUUCGCCGACCCGAACCUCGACGACCACUACUGGGCGACGUGGCGCGACUUCGAGGUGCACCACGGCAACGAGGACACGUUCCGCGACAUGCUGCGCGUGAAGCGGUCCGUGGAGACGGCGCGGAGCGGCGCGGUCUACGCGGCGGACAACCUCCUCAAGACGGACAUGCCCGUGAUGACGGACGCGGAGGCGCGCGCGAAGCUCGACGGCGGCGGCGCCGGCGACGACGCGGGCCGCGGCGUCAAGCGCGGCGCGGACGAGGGCGGCGCGGCGGAGACGGAGAUGGAGGCGCUCGAGCGCCAGGCCGCGCGCAUCGUCGACGCCGCGGCCGCCGCGCCGCAGGCCAAGGCCGCGGACCCCAACGAGAUCGACCUCGACGACGACGACGACGACGACGAGGGCGAGGGGACCCUCGUGGGCCUCGCGGUGAAGCCCAUCCCCGCCGCCGUCUUCGGCUCCGCCGCGGACCAGCGCGGCGAGGAGGCGGACGUCGGCGCGCUCGCGCGCUUCCGCGCCAAGGCGUAAUCGAGACAAAAGGG